AUGUAUGUUUUAGAUUGUAUUAAAUUCUCAGAAGAAAUUGAAGAUUUCGAUGUGAAUAUAUGGGAAAAUUUGAUUAAUUCUGAUGAAGUAUUUACGAAACAAUUUUCUCAAUCAAUAAAUACAAUAGAUUAUUCGGAUAAUUCUACAAAUAAAAAUGAUAUUCUCAAAUUAUCAUCAAACGAUAUAAACACAUCAACAUUUGAGAAUAGUAAUAAGUUUAUUCACAUUCAUCGGCCGAUGAUAAUUCUCGUUUCACCUUCUCUCAAUCAACGUGUUCGAUAUGCAAAUGAAUGUGAAAAAAUAAUUCGCUAUGUAUCCAUUCCAGAUAAUAAUAUAAUGACUUUCAAAAUUCCUGAUCUUCGUGAUAAUCUUAUUACUGGUGAUACACUCUGGAUGCGUAUAACACGAACGACAAUAGAUCAUCGAAAAGAUCAUUUAGUUUUUUAUCAUCCAUAUCCAAUAUGGAUUAAAAAUGAAUAUGCAAAAAUUCAUAAUGGUUCAAUUUUUAUUCCAAUUAAUGAUAAUGAUAUGGAAACUGGUACUAUGAAAAUUUAUACUUUAACAAUGAUUAGACUUAAACAAUAUGAUUUAGCUAAAAUUAAUACAUUACCAAUCUAUUCAUCGACUCAACUUGUUGUCUUAGAUCAACAUUCAGUCGAAAUUAAGACACCAAAACGUAUUCGAGAUGAAUAUAAACUUCAACAAUCGAUUUUAAAUUUUCAAAUUGUUCGAGUCGAUCAAAAUAAUCUUGCCUAUCCAACAGAUUGUUUUUGUCAAACAGAAUCUAUUCAUGAAAUUGAAGGUAAAGUUUGUUCAAUGUAA